AUGAGUGACGAAGAAUCAAAUGGAGCCGAGGAAUUCCUCAAAGAGGAUGCGGACAGAAAGUACUUGGAGCCUUUUGGCAAUGAGGAGACAGCAGAGGUCAAGUACCGGACUAUGAAGUGGUGGCACUGUGGAAUGCUCAUGAUCGCAGAGAAUGUCUCGGUGGGAAUCCUUUCUCUACCCUCUGCAGUGGCCACCCUUGGAAUGGCUCCCGCUGCAAUCAUGAUUUUGUUCAUCUCAGCUCUUUCAUGGUACACUGGCUAUGCGAUUGGCCAAUUCAAACUCCGCCAUCCCGAGAUUCACAGCAUGGGCGAUGCUGGCGAGCUCUUGAUGGGCCGUUUUGGCCGCGAAUUGCUGGGUCUCGGCCAGCUACUGUUGCUGAUCUUUCUCUGCGCAAGCAACAUCUUGAUGUUUAACAUUUUGAUGAAUGUACUGACAAAUCACGGCACCUGCACAUUGGUCUUUGGUGUCGUUGGACUGGUCAUUUGCUUCCUAGGCGCCUUGCCACGUACAAUGGAUAAAGUCUACUGGAUGUCUGUUGUUUCAUUCUUGAGCGUUUUCGUUGCGACGGUGGUAACCAUGAUCGCUGCGGGUGUCGAGACAAAAGGUCAUAUUCCGCUCCAAGCCACAACGACAGUCGGCUUCCGUGAGGGCUUUCUGUCGGUGACCAACAUCAUUUUCGCUUACCUCGCCCAUGUUGCGUACUUUGGCUUCAUGUCCGAGACGGAAGACCCCCGCACCUUCAACAAGUCGCUUGCAAUGCUUCAAAUUGUCGACACAGUCCUGUACUUGAUUAGCGCACUGAUAAUCUAUCGCUACGUGGGACCCGAUGUCCAGUCGCCUGCCAUCUUAUCUCUGAGUCCCUUGAUGAGCAAGAUCGCCUGGGGUCUAGCCAUCCCGACGACCAUCCUCUCCGGUGUCGUUUUGGGUCAUGUCGCGUGUAAAUACAUCUACGUGCGCCUUUUCCGCGGCUCCGACAAAAUGCACAGCCGAAGUUUCCUAUCAAUUGGGUCCUGGGUUGCGAUUUGUCUCGCAGUCUGGGUCGUCUCUUGGGUCGUUGCGGAAUCGAUCCCUGUUUUUAAUGACCUUCUGAGUCUCAUUAGUGCACUAUUCGGAAGCUGGUUCAGCUUCGGACUUCCUGCCAUCUUUUGGUUACAUAUGAACCAAGGCCAAUACUUUCGGAACAUCAGGAAGACUAUUUUGACGAUAUGGAAUAUUCUGAUCUUAGCCAUUGCCUGUGCUAUUUGCGGAUUGGGUCUAUACGUGUCGGGAGUCGCGAUUCACAACGACUCCGGUUCCCAGAGUUGGUCUUGUGCUAAUGAUGUGUAA